GAGAGCGGGUUCAAUCAACUGCAGUUUGCAAGUCGAGCACUUUCCCCUCUACCCCCGAAAUGCUCCCCUCGGAAACGCUACAUUUAUGCAAUUAAUGCAUAUUAAACUUAUAAAGUAAAUGGAAUUUUUGUUUGGCAAAAACAACUACGUAACAGCUGCGUUCUGGUGUGUGUGAGAGAGAGAAUGAGAAAGAGACGGAGCAGGCAGAGAGAGGGGGCGAGACAGAGAGUGAUAAGUGAGAGGCGCAAGAGCGCUUUUGUAACGGAACACAGAAGCCGUAGUUGAAUUCCAGUGACGUUGAAAGAAACAACUGCAAAGGCAAAAACAAAGACCAUGUUUAUAAGCUGUAUAUUCCGCUUUGAUUGAUACAAAUGAAUAAGCAGUGCGGGUAGUUAUACAACUGGCUGCAAAAAGUCACUCAUUAAGAAACGCCUGAGAUGAAUUUCACAGCGGCGGCAACAAGUGCAAAAAUAAUAAAAAUCAAAAGCCAAACAAAAGCCCCCUAAAAAACGGAGCAGCGAGUCGUAGUGCCAAAAAGAAAACAACAUAAAUGUAAAUAAAAAGACGAAACGUUAAUUAUAACGGGCCACGAAAUCGCAUAAGGAAUCAACAAGUGUGUGUCUGCCUUUUCCCUAUUCGCUUUCAUUCAUGCGGUCAACUUAAUAACUAUAAAAACAAAAACAACAUUCGCUGAUAAAAGCCCUGCACAAGCCACAACAAAAGCAACCCAACAAAGAUAGUAAGAACAUCGUGUGGCCAUUGAGCUUUAAUUGCCGGACAUAUCUUUACGACUAUGUGAUUGGAUCUCUUCGACCGACCUGUAAAUAAAAAGUGAUCACAUAACAUGAAGCAUCCACAGGACCUGAGCGUUACGGAUGGCCAGCAGCUUAUGAAGGUGAACAAGGUGGAGAAAAUGGAGCAGGAGUUUCACGAGCCUGAAUCGGAGAGCCACAUAAUGCACGCGGAUGCCCUGGCCGCUGGUUACCCGGCUGCCUCGCAGCCUCACAGUCCGAUCGGCCACGCCCUCAGCCCCAAUGGCGUAGGACUGGGAUUGAGCAACAGUAGCAACCAAAGCAGCGAGAACUUUGCGCUCUGCAACGGAAACGGAAAUGGCAAUGCCGGCAGCGUAGGAGCCGGAAGUGCCAGCAGUGGCAGCAACAACAACAACAACAACAACAACAGCAUGUUCUCGCCCAACAACAACCUAAGCGGAAGCGGAAGCGGCAACAGUAGCAGUCAGCAGCAGUUGCAGCAGCAACACCAGCAGCAGCAACAACAGCAAUCGCCGACGGUUUGCGCCAUUUGUGGGGAUCGGGCGACGGGGAAACACUACGGCGCCUCGAGCUGCGAUGGCUGCAAAGGGUUCUUCAGAAGGAGUGUGAGGAAGAACCACCAGUAUACCUGCAGAUUUUCGCGCAACUGUGUGGUGGAUAAGGACAAGCGGAACCAGUGCCGCUACUGCCGGUUGAGGAAGUGCUUCAAGGCGGGCAUGAAGAAGGAGGCGGUCCAAAACGAGCGCGACCGGAUCAGCUGCCGGCGGACCUCCAACGACGACCCGGAUCCGGGAAAUGGGUUGUCGGUGAUCUCAUUGGUCAAGGCCGAGAAUGAAUCGCGCCAGUCAAAGGCAGGCGCUGCUAUGGAGCCAAACAUAAACGAGGAUCUCUCCACGAAGCAGUUUGCCAGCAUCAACGACGUUUGCGAGUCGAUGAAGCAGCAGCUGCUGACCCUGGUGGAAUGGGCGAAACAGAUCCCGGCCUUCAACGAGCUGCAGCUGGACGACCAAGUAGCCCUGCUGCGAGCCCACGCCGGUGAGCACCUGCUCCUGGGUCUGUCGCGUCGCUCAAUGCACCUCAAGGAUGUCCUGUUGCUGAGCAACAACUGUGUGAUUACCAGGCACUGUCCAGAUCCCCUUGUGUCACCCAAUCUGGACAUCUCACGAAUUGGCGCCCGCAUCAUUGACGAACUGGUGACGGUUAUGAAGGAUGUGGGCAUCGACGAAACUGAAUUCGCUUGUAUCAAGGCCCUAGUCUUCUUCGACCCCAAUGCCAAAGGCUUAAAUGAACCACAUCGCAUUAAAUCGCUACGGCAUCAGAUACUCAAUAAUCUCGAGGACUACAUAUCGGAUAGGCAAUACGAGUCACGCGGUCGGUUUGGCGAGAUCCUGCUUAUCCUGCCGGUUCUGCAGUCUAUCACCUGGCAGAUGAUCGAACAGAUUCAGUUUGCCAAGAUCUUUGGUGUGGCCCACAUCGAUUCAUUACUUCAGGAAAUGUUGCUGGGAGGAGAAUUGGCCGACAACCCUCUGCCCCUGUCGCCGCCCAAUCAGUCGAAUGACUAUCAGAGCCCCACCCACUCAGGCAACAUGGAGGGUGGCAGUCAGGUCAACACCUCCCUGGACUCGCUGGCCACAACAAGUGGCCCAGGAACACAUUCUCUAGACCUGGAAGUGCAGCACAUCCAGGCACUGAUCGAGGCAAACAGCGGGGAAGAUUCCUUCCGAGCCUACGCGGCCAGCACGGCAGCUGCAUCUGCUGCAGCCAUCUCGUCCACAUCUUCUGCGCCCGCAUCCGUUGCCCCGGCCGCGAUCUCGCCCCCGCUCAACAGCCCCAAGUCACAACAGCAACAUCAGCAACAUGCGACGCACCAGCAGCAGCAGGAGAGCUCCUACAUGGACAUGCCCGUCAAGCACUAUAAUGGCAGUCGGAAUGGAUCACUGCCCUCACAGCACAGUCCCCAGCGCAUGCAUCCCUACCAAAGAGCGAUCACCUCGCCGGUCGAAGUGUCCAGCGGUGGUGGCUUGGGUCUGCGCAAUCCCGCCGACAUAACGCUCAACGAAUACAAUCGAAGCGAGGGCAGUAGUGCUGAGGAACUUCUGCGGCGCACUCCGCUGAAGAUCCGAGCAUCGGAGCUGUUAUCCGCAUCCGCUGGCUAUGGAUUGGAACCCUGUAGAAUGACGCUAAAACAGGAGCCAGAGACUGGUUACUGAAAGGAUGGAUUAAUCGGUGCAAUAUACAGUUUGCAAUAGGACACCCUAUAAGCACACGCCCCACAUAAAUACAGGCCCACUCUUGCUGUACUCCCCCCACCAAGUGCUACACAGAGAUAAAAUUGAAAAUGAGGAACUUACUUAAUUGUUAUGCCUUGAAUCAUUUUGAUACUUUUUAUUAGUCCCUAAGUAGGUAUCUUGGAAAUUGUUGCUUAAUUUUUAAAUGUUUAACGCAGUUGAAAUCUAUUUUUGGAGUCAUGUUUUGCUCAAGAAGUUUAUUAUAAAUAACUAUAUAUAUAUAUACACCAUCUAGCAUGUACUGAGUUUGUUGGUUAUUUGGUUAUCUUUUACUUGUGCGUGGAUCACAAAGCAUUCAUAUAGGCCAUGCAAUAUAUUGUUUUAGGUUAGGGUGUUGUCUAGAUUAUGCGCUGAAAGUGUAAUAUAUAUUUAAUGCUAAACAAAGAACUAUUUUUAUAUGAGUAUGUAAAAUAUACAAACUACUUCUAAGAUGGCUGAAUGAAUAAACACAAAAUCAAAAUACGAAUUGGAGAAUUUAAACCA